AUGAAUAAACUAGCUUCUAUUGUUGAUACUGGUGUAUUUCGAAGCUGCAAUUGUAAUAAACGGCGAACAGUUUAUAAAUUCCCAAAAGGAAUGGCAGAACACGCGGAACGUCAAAACAAAAAGGGGAGAAUUUUUUUUUUUUUUUUUCAAAUAUCAAGACCCCACCCAUUUAAUCUAACCAAGGCAAUGCAUCAGAGCAAAAUCAGCAGAUUCUUUACUCCAAAAAAGCGUGCUACCGAAGAUGAAUCUAAUACUAAAUCAGUCACAUCACCUACAUCAUCUUCCACAUGCAGCUCAAAAUUGGCUGAGUUUAUCUUCGAUCCUGAAUCCACAUCAGAAGACUGUGUCCCAUCAUCCAAACAGAAGAAAAGAAAGUCAAAGGGUAUAAUCAGCGCUCCAGAAUCGAAAAAAGUCAAACCUCAAUUGACAGCCAUGGAAAGUCAGAUUCUUGAUUUGUUGUCUGAGAAUUCUGACAAGAUAUUGUUGAUUCAAAAUGGUUAUAAAUACAGGGCCUAUGGUGAAGGAGGUCGAACCGUUGCAAAUAUUCUUAAUAUGUGCUUCAUUGAAGACAAGAAAGAUCUGAGAUUUGGACGCUGUAGUUUUCCCGAAGUUAACUUGCACAAACAUCUUCAAAGACUUUUGAACCAUGGGCUCACUAUUGGGAUUGUUAAGCAGUUAGAAUCGGCUGCUUUAAAGGAGUUUGAUGAAACUAAAAAAUCUUCAAGCAUAAUGGAAAGAGGACUUACUGCAGUUUAUACAAAAUCUACUUAUUUUGGUGAUGAAUGUGUGAAAGAUUCAACUUCUGAGGAUUAUUUUGAUGGUGGGAAGUACAUUAUUUGCCUCAAUGAAAUUCUGACUAAAGAAUUUGCAUUGGUAGCUGUCAGACCAUCAACUGGUGAAAUUAUUUAUGAUCAAUUCAUGGAUAGCGGGUUUAGAUAUGAGUUGGAAACGCGAUUACUUUAUCUACCACCAGAUGAAGUAAUUGUCAUUAGUAAGUCAGAGAAUAUACUGACAAUGAAAAUACUAAAAUCAAUUGACGACAACCUCAAGACUACUCGUGUUAAUAUACCAGAAGAUACACUAGAAUCUUGGAAGCACAUUUUAGGAGAUGAUGCACUUGAACUUUAUUCCGUCAAUUAUUCCCUUCCAUUACAGCAAUGUUUUGUUUCACUUCUUGAGUACUUGUCACGAUUGAAUGUGGCUAAUAUGCUAAGCAUUCACGAUAAUGUCACGCUAUUCAAUGAUUCUAAAAAGCAUAUGGUUAUUCCCGCAGAAGCUAUCAAAUCACUUGAAUUGUUUACCAACACUACUACAAAUUCAAGUAUUGGGUCAUUGGUUAAUAUUUUGGAUCGCACAAGAACUCGAUUUGGUUACCGUCUUUUCCAAAAAUGGAUAUCACAUCCGCUUAUUGAAAUCAAGGCAAUAGAAGAAAGACAUGAGGCCAUAAAUGCAUUGUCUGAACACAAUAUUUUGUUUGAAUCGAUGGAAAGGUUUCUUGGUGCAUUGAAAAACAAUGAUCUUGAAUCAAUGUUGAUGAAACUCCAUUAUUCGGCUGAUGGAACAACACCGAAUAGAAUCAACAGAAAGGAAGUAUACGCUAUAUUGAACCAUUUUGAUGAUUUAUUCAAGUUGGUUAAUAAAUUUGAAAAGACAAUAAGAUCUAAAGAUUUUGGUUCAUCUAUAGUAAACAAAAUCUUUGAUGAGUUGUUAUCGUUUACUAAUACGAUUGAAGAUAGUUUGAGUCUAAUAGAUCCUAGUUUUCUUGAUGCUGUCGAUCAUUCUCAAAUAGUCCAAAGGUUUUUCAAAAGAGGAAGUUUUGAAGCGAUAGAAGAACAAUAUGCUAAAUUGAAGGAAUUGGACAUUCAAUUCGAAGAUGAAUUGAACAGGAUCCGGACUGAGUUAAAUAAUCCAUCCUUAAGAUAUAUACUGGUUAGUAAAGAAGAUCAUCUCAUUGAAGUUAGAAAGUCCAAAGAGAAAGACUUGUCAGAUAAUUACAUUAAGAUCAAUUCAACCAACACAGUGGGAAGAUACCGAUCCAAAGAAGUAGUAAAAUUACGAAAGUUAAUGAAAUAUCAUGAGGUGAAAUUAUUUCAAAGAUGUGAUGAAGAAUUUAGAAGGUUUAUUGCUGAUUUAGAUGUUAGAUAUGUAAGUUUGAUGAAAUCUGUCAAGAAUUUGGCUACAUUGGAUGCACUUCUAUCUCUUCGGGACGCUAGUCGUGAUGGAGGCUAUGUGCAACCCAAAUUGGUGAAUGAUUUAAGUAUCAAGGUGCAAAAUGCCAGAAAUCCAAUUAUAGAGAAUUUGCGUUCCAAUUAUAUUGCGAACAAUAUUGAUAUCGACGAAAACUCCCGAGUUUCAAUUAUUACAGGUCCAAAUAUGGGUGGAAAGUCGUCUUAUGUGAAAACUGUUGCAUUAUUAACUAUAAUGGCACAAGUUGGAUGUUUUUUACCUUGUGAUUAUGCAGUUAUGGGUAUAUUUGAUUCGAUAUUCAUAAGAAUGGGAGCAAGUGAUGAUAUAUUGCAAAACAAAUCCACAUUCAUGGUAGAAAUGCUUGAAUGUAAGAAUAUAAUUCUGAACUUGGGCGAUCGAUCAUUGGUGAUUCUAGAUGAAAUUGGUAGAGGAACAGGAACAACCGAUGGUAUUUCUUUGGCAUAUUCGAUAUUGAAAUACUUAAUUGAAUGCGAACUUAAACCGGUAUUGUUUUUCAUUACCCAUUUUCCUUCUAUUUCAGUUUUGGAAAAUGAACACCCCCAAGAAGUAGCCAAUUUCCAUAUGGGAUACGAAGAAGUUUAUAAUGAUGACGAAAGUGAAGGAAUUCCAGAGAUUAUAUUUUUGUAUAACUUAUGUCGUGGUGUUGUUAACAAUCUGUAUGGGUUGAAUGUUGCCAAAUUGGCUGGUGUUCCCAAGGAAUUGAUUCUCAAGGCAUCGGUCAUAAGUGAAAAAUUAAAAGCGGACAUUGAAUUGAAGGAUCAUUGGAAGUUUGCUCAAAUGGUAAAAAAAUUUCUUAAAAAUGAACUUGACAUAGAUUCUCUACUUAAAUAUUUAACGUAA